GGAUUUUUGGCAUUCUGCGCUACGGUCUUACCCAUUUUACCUCAUAAUUUCAAGAUCAGGAGUUAUAUAUCUAAACAUUUAAUCUCUUAGCAGUCGCUACCGUAUGCUGGCCAUCUGUGACGAGGGGCAGGGUUGUGCCGCCGCCCACUGCUUACAUAAUGUCCAUGUCGUUGGGCGCCAAGAUCCGGAAACUGGUCACCAGCAGAAGGCACUUCCUGCUUUUGCGCCGAUCGCUGAACCAAGAUCUGACAACUGCGCUGCGACCCUUCUACUUUGCGGUGCAUCCGGACUUCUUUGCCCAGCAUCCGGAGCAGAGGAACACCAACGAGAACUCGCUGAAAUUGCUAAGUGAGCACUUGGAGGCUUUGUAUGAACGCAGGCAGCGGAGUGGAGACACCCAAGUGCUCAAGUUCUAUGUGCGCACCAGUUCGGAUGCUGACAAGCGGGACUCCUUCAAGCUCAUCCAGAUACGCACGGACUGGCAGAGUACACGAGAUCCCAAAACCUUUAUUCAAGGCCUUCUUGAGUCCUGCAACUUGUCCACGGAGUAUGUAAAGAACAUUAAGGCCCAGCCUGAGCCGCCAAAGACCUCUGGCUUGGAUUUUAAACCAAGCCACGACUAUCACUAUGACAUGGAGUUCGCCGAGUUUGAGUCUCAGUUAAAGAAUGAGCGUGCCAGCAAGCGUCCAGUGCUGACCACCUGGCUGGAGGAGAAUGCAGCCACAGCCAAGCAACGCUCUAAGGAAACUGCGGAUCUGCAGGCCGAAAUCGACAAGCUUAAAAAAGUGCUGGUAGAGAAACUGGAGUUGCAGGAUGCCCGCUACGAAUGCGGCUGGAACAUUGAGCAUUACCGCGGCUGCUUGAAGACCCUAGAGCGACUGUCCAACACCCAUUUGUUGGAAAUGGCUCCCCUGAAAGGUCGUAUAGUGGUUUUUGCGCCCUUUACGGGCAUCAGUUUAGAAGGCCAUGUAAUGCUAUUUACCGGCGACGUACUCAGCACCUGGAUUGACUUCAUCAAGAACAUUCCGCACCAUGAUGCCUAUUUAAAGGUGGUGCCCGUGUAUGAACGGACACUGUCUCAGGUUCUGCUGAACAUCCAGAUAGGCCGUCGCAAGUUUAUGCCAAAACAACAGGCAAGUGGCUAUGCAAGCUACCUCAUGAAGGUGACCACUUCGCUCAGCGAUUACCUAGGCAAACAAAAAUAUCCGCCGGAAUGGCCGAAAACGCUGAAAGAGUUCACCAUAGUGGUGGAAUCAGAGGCUGGUCCUCUGAUGGUAAGCCCCACUGGUCAGUUUAUCACACCAGCCACCUGUCCGGGCUCCAUACUCGUCGACUUCAUCAGCGUCAACAUGGAGCAGGCCAGGGAGCGUAUGAAGAAGUACGCUCAGGACAAGCACAUCGAGCAGGAGCUGAUGGACUCGUGCAUUAAGCAGCUACAGCUACAGUCGCUGACCAAAGAUGACGCCAUCACCCCAGACAAAAUGAUAACAUCCCUUAGAGACUUAUCCCAGCUGCAGUUGAAGGAACUGCAGGGAUGCAAGCUCCACAUAACCCACUACUUCUCGGUACUGACCGACGGCGUUGUGUGCAUACCCUGGGAUUUUCAGCAGAGGUAGUUCGAUUUUCUCAUGUGCCUUAUUAGUGAAAAUAAACAUAGUAAUAAUUUUUA